AAAAGAGCAGCUGAUUGUAAAUGCAGAUCAUGCUGUUCAAACAUAUUGGACUCAUAUUCACAAUGAUUUCAACCAUGCUCCACCAAAAUUUAAAGGUUUUAAUUACGAAUCUCAAGAUUCAGGAACACAACCCUUUACACAGCACUUUGGGAUUUUUCAAAGCAAUAAUAAAUUCCCAGGAUUAUAUGUGUAAAGUUAAGAAUGAUGAAUAUU